AUGGGGUCUCUCACGGAUAGGGACUGUCCUUGUCCAGGCCGCAUCCUCACCGAUACAGGUUCCGCGUUUGCAGUUGGUGCUGUUGGGGGUUCUUUCUACCACUUUGUCAAGGGUCUCCGCAAUGCACCUACUGGUGCACGAUUUGCUGGUGGCCUGGAGGCUGUGCGCAUGAAUGCGCCAUGUAUUGGUAGCAGCUUUGCUGUUGGGGAGGGAUUUCGCUCAGUCGAUUCAUCCAUGCAUGGUGCAAUUUUCUUUGCUCUCGUAAAUGGAGCUAUUAUCAUGGCGCAACGCUCUCAACCUGAUCCUCUAUCUAUGCCAGUUGAUGUUCCAGCUGUCACCCCUGUGGAGAUGUAUUCAUCUAUGCCAGUUGAUGAUGAAGCAAUCACACCUGUGGAGACAUUUGAAAAGGAAAGUGGAAGAGGGAGUCACAAAUAG